AUGGCCGGGGCCAUCAUCUUCACACUGCUCUUCUUCGGCACCACCACCGCCCACUUCUAUCAACUCUUCCGCGGCCGGACCUGGUUCAUGAUCCCGCUCGCCAUUGGAGGCAUUCUCGAGUUCAUCGGCUACGCAGCACGUGCUCGCUCUAGCCAGGAGUCACCGGACUGGACUCUGGGCCCGUACAUUGUCCAGGCCCUCCUCAUCCUCAUCGCUCCAGCCCUGUUCGCCGCAACCAUCUACAUGCAGCUGGGUCGUAUCGUGACGCUUGUCCAUGGCGAGGGUUAUACACUCAUUCGAAAGACCUGGAUGACGAAGAUCUUUGUCUGUGGAGAUAUCCUGCCGUUCAUGGUGCAGAGUGCAGGUGGUGGUUUGCAGGCCACUGGUGGCGCGUCUAGUCUGGAGAUGGGUGCCAAUAUCACCGUUGCCGGCCUCUUCAUCCAACUGCUAUUCUUCGGGAUUUUCAUCGUCGUUGCCGUUUCGUUCCACCUGAAGGUUCGUCGCUAUCCCACGGUGGUCACCCGGGGCACCACGCCCUGGGAGAGACACAUGAUGGCUCUCUUCUUGAGCAGCUUGCUCAUCAUGGUUCGCUCCAUCUUCAGGGUGGUUGAAUACCUACAGGGGUUCGACGGCUACCUACUUAGCCACGAAGCGUACCUGUAUGUGUUUGAUGCGUUGCUGAUGUGGCUGGCCAUGAUCUUGUUCAACUGGUUACAUCCGGCCGAGAUCCUUUCGGUCAGGGUGGGAAACCCUUCAAAGGCGACGAGGGAUAGGUAUGCCAUGGGACCUGUUUCGCCGAGUCACCGACGCUUAAGGUCUGACGUAGUCUGA